UGCACUCAUCGCAGCCACCACCACCACCACCACUGCAGCGCUCCCUCUUUUCUCCUCUCUCCUCAUUUCUGCUCACUCACAACCAAAAGACCAAGCCUCUGGACAGCCACCGUCCUCAUUCACGCACACACUGACAGGGCUUUAACCCACAACACCACCAAAGGAAGUGCCCUGCGCCAGUCUAAAAAAGAUUCGCAGAGUGCCACCGGUAUGACGCAGAGCAACGGGGAGGACCCUCAGAGGGCCUGCCGGGGCCUCCGACAGUUCCAGGCCGGUGUGCAGUCCCGCUCCCUGUUGGCCAGGAAGAGAGUGCAGAAUAUCACCAGGAAUGACGUGAAGGGCUUCUUCAUACGGAACGCCUUUGUCAUACUCACCGUCGCGGCGGUUAUCGUCGGUAUAAUACUGGGUUUUGCCUUACGGCCGUACAAGAUGUCUUAUCGUGACAUCAAGUUCUUCUCUUUCCCUGGAGAACUGCUGAUGAGGAUGCUUCAGAUGCUGGUGCUGCCCCUGCUGGUGUCCAGUCUCAUCACGGGAAUGGCCGCUCUGGACAGCAGUGCUUCGGGCAAAAUGGGCAUGAGGGCGGUGAUCUACUACACCACCACCACGGUGAUUGCUGUGUUUAUCGGCAUUGUCAUGGUGCUCGUUAUUCACCCUGGUAAAGGCUCCAAGGAUGAGUUCGCCAAGCAGCAGCCAAUAGAGCAGGUUAGCCCUGCUGAUGCCUUCCUGGACCUUAUCAGGAACAUGUUCCCUCCGAACCUCGUGGAGGCUUGCACCAAACAGUUCAAGACGCAGUACGCCAAGAGAGUAGUCCACAUCAAGGUGACGGUGAACGAUUCCGUGUUCACGCUCAACGGGAGCCAGCUGAUCAGCAGGGAGGAGAUGAUCCCGGUGCCAGGGUCGGUCAAUGGGGUCAACGCGUUGGGAUUGGUGGUGUUCUCCAUGGGCUUCGGUUUCAUCAUCGGGAGCAUGAAGGAGCAGGGCCAGCCUUUGAGGGACUUUUUCGACUGUCUCAACGAGGCCAUCUUGAGGCUGGUGGCCAUAAUCAUGUGGUAUGCCCCCAUUGGUAUCCUGUUCCUGAUUGCGGGUAAAAUAGUGGAAAUGGACGACAUCUCAUCAAUGGGCAGCCAGCUUGGCAUGUACACAGUGACUGUCAUUUCCGGGCUGCUGGUCCACGCCGUCAUUGUCCUACCCACGCUCUACUUCAUCAUCACCCGGAAGAACCCCUUCGUCUUUAUCGGCGGGCUGCUGCAGGCCCUCAUCACCGCCCUGGGAACCUCAUCUAGUUCUGCCACGUUGCCCAUCACCUUCAGAUGCCUGGAGGAGAACAACAAAGUGGACAAGCGCGUGACCCGUUUCGUGCUGCCCGUGGGCGCCACAAUAAACAUGGACGGCACUGCCCUGUAUGAAGCGCUGGCAGCCAUCUUUAUCGCUCAGGUUAACAACUACGACCUCAACUUCGGGCAGAUUCUCACCAUCAGUAUCACGGCCACAGCAGCCAGCAUUGGAGCGGCCGGAAUCCCUCAGGCAGGACUGGUUACUAUGGUGAUAGUGCUAACGUCGGUAGGCCUGCCGACUGAUGACAUAUCGCUCAUCAUUGCAGUGGAUUGGUUCCUGGACCGAUUGCGCACCACCACUAACGUUCUGGGAGACUCCAUUGGCGCGGGCAUAGUGGAGCACCUGUCCCGCCACGAGCUGACACGAGACCAAGAGACGGGCAACUCCGUGCUGGAGGAAGCAGACAAGAAGCCCUACCAGCUCAUCUGCCAGGAGCACGAGUACGAGAACGAGAGGCCCGUCGACAGCGAGACCAAAAUGUAGAAGUUUUGGGAGCAAAGGGUGGAGACUUGUCGAUAUGAGCCAAGGACAGGACAGCGGAGAUAUGUGACGAUGUUGGUACAUACUCAAUCUGUCACAUGGCAGCUGUUUACUCAAGCUUGAUCCGAUGGCACGAGUCACGAUUCCGUUGCGUUUUUGUUUUCAUUUUCCAAAGUUAAAAGUCUACCAAAUGAGACCGUUUGCAAACUACUUUUUGAAACUCUUCUAAGGUUCGGUACUUUAUGUUGCAUUUCUACCGCGCAGUCUUCCAAAUGAGUAUCGUUCAUGGGAAAACAACGAAAAACAAUUGAUUUUAUCCAAGAGGAUACAGCAAAAAAUAGAGACUGUUGAGUGUAACAGCAUCCAUAGCUAAGGCUAAACUAACAUUAGCACCUCCAAAUGGUACAUAUCUGGUGGCCAGGUGGGAAUAAUACACCGUAAUACUCAGCCAUACAUGCUUUUGCUUAUGGAAAAGUGGCCAAAAAAAGGCCUGCUAGUUAAUUACAUAUGCAAAUGUAGCGUACCAAACUGUACCGCAUGGCGAAAAUGUGGCUUUUCGACCUUUCUUUCAACUGUGAUGACUCAUUCCUCUCACUCGAGGCCAGUGUUGUUCGGAAGUCUAAACACUGCAGCACAGUUUCUCUGGCUUUUUUAGAUGCAUUUUCACUUUUCGCUGAAUUUUGGCGACCAACCAAUGUAGUGUUGGAUAUCGUGCACAUUUUCUUUUGGGGGAACGGAAAAGGGCUACUACCUACUUUUAGAAGAAGACUGACUAUUUUCCAUAGAUGGAUUGAAACUGUGUUGCAUAUACAGUAUGUUCUUUAUUCACUGGCCAAACAAACUGUGGUUUGAACAACACAAGGUUCCUGCUGCUUGUGCACUCAUCGCAAAGAAAGACAGAAACUCAGCCAAAUUUGAACUCUUACCAAAUAUUUUUUUUGUAUAACAUUUUAUACAGACCUACCACAAGCAGUUUGGAAUGAUGCAUGCAGUCAUCUGCAUUAAAUUUUCUGAAUUAGAGAUAUUUUCAUAUUUUUAAUGAUUUUUAUUGAUGUUUAACAUGCUGAUAAAAUUCACUGCCUAUUCUUUUUAGUGAGCUGGAAAUUUGUAGUCUUUUUUUUAAUUUUAUUUGAACUUAUAUUGUAAAGCAAAUGUAACAUUCACAUAGAAGUUUGUGUAUAUUGUUUAUUCUGAAUAUAAUUGGUGUGAAUAGAGACAUGUAGAUAGACGUGUACAUUAACUAUAGAAUUUUGGAAAAAAGGUUACUUCCUGUUGUGUAUUUCUAUCGAAUCCAAUUACAAAAUUUGAUACACUUAAAAAAAAAAUGAACAGCUUUUGUAAAGAACCAAAUAUGUUUUUUCUUUAUUAAUGGAAUAGUUUGUUUGUUUACAGUUGCUGCUGUCAUGGAAACACAAACACAGUUGUAGUUGUAGGUUGCAUGACUUUUAUAAAAUAAAGAAUUCAAACAAAUGUU